GGCAACAUCGUGCCAGAAGAAAUCAUGGAACGGCGCGAGGAUGUACUUAAACAGGCCAUCAAUGCGAAUGCCAUCGAGACUGAACGGUGGCUAACGUUCAAAGCUGAAAAUGAGGAAACUAUCAAGAACCUGAACAUGUUUUCUGAGAGACUCACUGUUGACAUUAUGGUCCCAAUUGGAACCAAAGCCUUUAUGCCUGGACAUCUGAUACAUACGAAUGAGUUACUUGUGGGCCAUUACCAAGGGUACUUUUCAAAAUGCUCAGCUCAUAAAGCAAAGGAAAUAUGUCAACAUCGCUUACGCUUGGCUGAAGGGCAUUUAAAAAAAUUAGAAACCGAAGCAGAAUUAUGGCAGAAUAAACUGGAGACUCCUUAUCUAAAGGGAGCUCUACCCAGUGAAGGAGAAAUAGACAUUCGAGAAGAAUAUAAUGAAGAGGAACACCAAAGAUGGCUAGAGAAACACAAAAAAAGUGUGAAAGAAGAAAAACAUGCGCACCGUAGCCCGCAGCAGAUCCCGCCUGAUGAAGAUUUAUUCAAGGAACUGGAGAACCGGGAAAUGAUAGAAGAACUGGGUCUCGAUAACCUAGACGAGGAGGCUCUAGGCAAACUGCUAUGUAAAGGAGUGAGUGUUCCACUUGAAGUUGAGCAGGUGAAUACUAUAGAAUCUAACGACUGUGAUAAAGAAGCUGCUAAACAUAUGACGGACGAGCAGGUGUUUGAUAUAUUAGAGAGACUCGAAGCUCAAGAACGGAAUGACCUUGCAGAUAUCAGUGCUGAGGCUGAAGAAAGCCUAAAAGGCACUAAUGACCUAGUGCACAAUCUGAUGUCGAACCAAGUAAAAGUUCCGGGAGAAAAAACGCGCAUUGGGCGAGUUCAAAAUCAAACGCAGGGUGUGGAAGUCAGCAACAGGAAUGAUAACGACGAGGAAGUGUACAUUGAAACCGAUGGUGGUGAGCCAGAGGAAGUUCAGUUAAUACGAAACCAAAUCGAACUAUUGCCAAUUGAAGAACGUGUCGAAUUCUUAACAUCACAACUAAGUAUAUUACGAGCAAAAAUGCGAAAAAUACAACGUGAUAAUACCAUAAGCGAUGAACUGACACAUUUAAUGGAUGUUUUAGUUUACCUGGAAGAUGAUUUACAGGGACUGAUAUUUGAGCAAGAAAAUAUUGGUGAUGAGAUAGAAGCUGAUGGAGAGCCAUUAACUGAGUGCGAAUCCGAAAGUGUAGUCGAAAAUGCCCCAAAUAAUAAAAAGCGGCGCAUAUCCUUUGCUAUGUCUGAGGAGAAGCUAGAAUUUAGACAAAAUGAAACUGUUGCUGAGAUGUUAACGAACGCCACAACACAUUCUCGUGAUAUUAUACAUCUAGAUACAUCCUUGCAUCAUGUGCAGACAUUCCCACAUGAUGCCAAACUGAAUGGGUCUCCGGUAGCUGGCAGUUCUGAUAUUCUAAAGAAAGUUGAAGAAAACAUAGAGUUUGUAAAAGAAAAUCAAAGCGUUAAAGAUUUCGACCUGGUUAAUCAAAUACUAGAGCAAUCCACGGGGCGUAUCAACACUUUACACAUAGACUUCCACCAUUCCGAUGCUGCACCUGCCGUCGCUUCCGUAAAUGAUCAGGACGAGGACACUCCCGGGACACCAGCGGAUUUUUAUACAAUUUACAGAAAAUGUCUGGAGCAAGACCAGCAUAGUUUUCCCAUAUACGUAAACAGUUUUGAGGGCGAAGACCAACUCAAGGUACCUAUACUCAAUGAAGCUGCGCGUUCAGAGGCUUACGGCGAUCCACGCACUCAGUUCUCCAAUCCGCAAGCGACUCAUGAGAAGUCUCAUGAAUCUGUUCCAACUCCUCAAUCGAAGUCAAUUUUGCGCAAUAAAGCUGCAGUCGAACGUGAACCACGUACCAAAGAGAAUGUAAGCAAGAGUAAAAAUGGCAAGAAGCAAAAGAAAAAGGAACGCACCAUAGACGAUGAUAUAGGCGACUUGAGUGCCUACUACAAAGUAAUGCACGAUUUGGUUGAAAAGGAGCCCACUGCACCAGAGCCGCUGCCCAACGGCAAGUUUAUCGAUGCACAUACACCUAAGAAACGCAUCAGCCGAUUUAAGCAGCAGCGCGCCUUGAACAAAACUUAGCAUUCGUACAUACAUUUACAUUUAUUUAUAAAGGAAAUUUAAGUUGUUUUUUUUGUGGUUUUGUUUUACAAACUCAACGUAAACAAUAAACAAUUGCAGUUGUACGUAUUUAAAUUAAA